AUGGCCGAAUCAGCGCAGACUGAAGCUGCUGACGAAGAAGCGGGAAUGCGCGACGGAGGCAUGCAAAAGCAGGAGCGAAGCAGCGAGUCACAGGGCCCUGAUGCCAAGUGCGGGUUAGCGGCUUUUCUCCGGCGAUCCGAUUGGCCAGGUGUCAAAGCAUUAAAUGGUCCGUGCACCUCCACCGCCAAGACCAACUGCGAGAUGCCAAUUCGAGGAAGCAGAAUGCAGAUGACGCCAGACUUCGAGAUGCUAUCGAGAGAAGUCGAAAGGAGAAAAAAGCCAAAAUUCUACAGUGAGAAGUCGACAGUACAGCAUGCCAUGGCAUUUCUGACCAAGGAACCUGGAGUUCCUCCAGGCAUUCGAGGCAAAGCAGUUCGCGAAGUACAAUGGCAGGGCCAAACUUUUGCGGGCCCGUUGGCCUCCGUGCCGCUCACCACGCCGCACUAUGGAACAGGGCGGAUCACGGCCUUCGUCGCGCCGCCAGGGCCGUUGGACUUUUCGCGGUGCGGAAUCUGUAGAGACAUGACGAGAAUGAACCUAAGGGCAGCCGUUCUCGACGAUGCCAGAUGGGGCCCAAGUCCGCUGAGGCGCUGUCAGUUGCAGCUGUGUUACAUGGCAAGUCGUGACCAUUUCAUCGAAAUCGUUCUUCGCUGUGCCCAAGUUGCCAUUCUGAAUCCAUCGACCCAUUACCAGGUUUUUAUCCCGAAGCUGAAGGGCGAAGCAUCUGACAACACUCGCGAGCAACAUCUUGAGCAAGUCAAGAAGAAAGAGGAGAGAUCUGAAGCGCAAUUCUCUCCGAAUACCAGAGCGCUGGAGGUCAAGGGUCCAGAUCUAGUGGAUCUAAACUUCUACGACUUUCCCGGCGUUUUCAUUACUGCCAGGCGCAGCGAGGAGAUCUUCCUGGAGCGCGUUGUCCAGAACCUUACGCGAGAAUACAUUUCGCUCCCUAGUGCGAUUAUCCUCUGCGCGGUUCCGAUGAACCAGGACACGGAGAAUUCCCUUGCCCUCAAGGUCAUCAGGGGCCAACAUGCCCAAAACCGGGGCCUCGGCGUCAUGACCAAUUGGCCGCUGGCGGGACAGCCUUGUCCGGGUCUCCGUCACCGGCCAGGUUCAACUAAUUAG